UCCUGAAUAAAAAAUGGUAAAUGGUAAAAACUUUUCCUCAUAAAUAAUACUGACUGCCUGUAUUAUAUUGAACUUUACGGAAUUAAAGAAUCCACUUCCUAGCCAAUCAGAAGUUGAGAGGGGAGAGCGAACAGCCAAUCAGAGUCGAGGAGGCAGAGCGCUGGAUCGAGUUCACGGUGCGUGGCUCUGAAUCUCUCUCAGUUUACUUGAGCUCGCGAAACGGCGCAGUUUCGCCAGUCAGGGAGCAGAGAGCAGACAUCACAUGGAGUGACAAGGGUACCAAAGAGCAUUAACCACCCCAGACAGCCUUAAACGUACGUUUAAAGUGUUUAUGUUGAGUUUUGUGUGAUUUCCCAGCGAACAAAAUGUCUCAAAGAGUUCGCAAAAACGGAUCUCCGACGUCUAACUGCAGCGGAGUGACCGCGGGAAGCCCGAGCGGAUCCCCGGGGAUCAGCGCCGCUGGAGUGAGUUUACUGGGUCGCCUGCUGCCCAUGAAAGCCACGGUUCCCUUCCAGCUGAAAACGCAGACACAGCACCCUCUACAGACACGGACGGUCCUCUCCACCGGUAACGGUAAAUGCCACAGCAGCGGAACCCACAGCCGGAGCCCCACGCGAUCCCUUUCCUCCAGUGCCUCUAACGUUUCUGCAGCCACGUCCACUUCCUCUGCAACGUGUUCACAGUUCAUCACGGCCACAGCAGUCUCCUCCGCUCCCUCCUCCUCCUCCUCCUCCUCAUCUUCUUCAUCAUCAUCUUCAUCUUCAUCAAGAACUAGCCCCAUUAUCGCUGUGCACGCGUCAAACCCCAGAGCGUCCCACGCGCAGGUGCCUGUGGCAUCCUCGUCAUCACCUUACACAGGUGUGCACGUGAGCCCCCAGUGCUGCUCUCCCUCCCAGCAGAUCAGCUGCAACUCGGACACUUCAGCCCUUACCUCUAAUUUAUCAUCCUCUCCGUCUUCAUCCUCGUCGUUGUGGUCUUGCGGUCACAGGGCCAAACACCUUCAGACCCCUGAACAUGACAGACUGUCUCCAGAGAGGCUCAGUCCCAGCUCACCUGUCUUCACAGACAAGCAUAGACUUCCUGUGGCAGGGUCUUGGUGUACCACCAGCAAUAACGGUAGCAUUCGUCGCACCUCCUCUUUGGACGCGCUCACAGCCCCUUACCUGUCUGGACACUGGCCCCGGGACGUCAACCACGCCCCUUGUGCCCCUUGCAUGAGGGACAAAUCCACUCAGACCCCCAGUGCCUGGGCCGAUGAAUGCGGAGAGAAGAAGAGGAGCUGUCACAAGCGCUCAGCCUCCUGCGGCAGCACUGACCAGCUAAAAGAGAUUGUGAAGCUGAGGCAGCAGCUCCAGCGCAGUAAACACAGCAGCCGUCACCAUCGCGACAAGGACCGCAAAUCUCCCUUCAAUGGCAACCAUGCUGCUUUCAUCCAAUCACAGGCUCCUAUUCCAAAGAGUGUCCUGAUCUCUAUUCCCAUCUCCAAGUCUUCCGUCUCUCGUUUCCGGAACAGCGUAGAGGGGCUGAAUCAGGAGAUUGAGCGCAUCAUUAUCCGAGACACAGGAGACAGAGAGGAGCAGCUUAUUCCUCAGGAGGCUCCAGACGGACAUCGGGCUCCUCCUCCCCUCUGCCAACGCAGUGCCAGCUCCCGCAGCAUCGACACGCAGACGCCCCUAGGCAUCGCAGCGGGCAGUAACCACAGCAACAGCAGCAGCCGUUCUCAGUCCAUCUCACCCACGUUCCUAAACGUGCCAAGUGAACCCUGCAGCGAUAGUCCAUCUCCCCAUGAGGAUGAGACUCUGGCUGACGGCUGUGAGAAAGAUCUGGCCCCCAGCUCACCACUACCCAAAUACGCCUCAUCCCCGAAGCCAAACAACAGCUACAUGUUCAAACGUGAGCCACCCGAGGGCUGUGAGCGAGUCAAGGUCUUCACAGAGGAAACACAGGCCAGGCCUCCACGGGAGAUCCCACAGUUCCUGUGCCCAGAUAGGAACAAGGUCAACUUCAUCCCCAAGAGCGGCUCCGCGUUCUGCCUGGUCAGCAUUCCCAAACCGCUGAUGCCCACACAGGAGCUCAACAACCUCAAGAACCAGAGCGCCGCCCGCCUCACGCCCGAACCCGAGCCGAGAGUCUCGCGAAGAACCUGCAUGCUUUCCCAGCAGCCCUCAGGCUCCUCCCCCUCCCCCUGUCUGUCAGAGAGUUAGACACGCCCCUCAAUGAGCGUCCUAGCAACUGCAUCCACACAUUUCAAUAAUCUAACUUGAUAAAGAAAAUUUGACUCUCAGAGAACAAAAUGGUUAUUAAUAAACAACGGCUUUCGUUGGGUGAAAAGAAGAUGAAACGGUUGCCUUUUUCUAUGCACAUUUUUAGCUUUGUGCUUGUUCUCAAAGAACAAAGAGGCCAUUUUGGGGGUUUUGGGUUUGGGAUAAACGUAUUUAGCUUUAUAUUAUUGCUCUACCUUUCAUAGAGCGAACUUGAGAAUGUGUCUUGGAUCACUAUGAAUACGAAUCUAAAGAGGUGGCUACAUAGAUCCGUUUUUGUGAGACACAAUGUAUAUUUUAUAAUAGUUUGCAGUGGAUCGCGUUUGCGAGAAUCGUUUCUAUCGUACUAGGACCAGCACAUCAUUGAAUACAAAUGAUGCCAUUUCAAGUGAGACCAAGAGACCUGGUAGAAUGAAUUCUGGGUUGAUGAAGGUCUCUCGGACUGAAUCGUUGUCACAGUAGCAGGCCUUCUCCGUUCAGUCCAGACAAAAGCAGCAGGGGAGCAGGAGGGACCGGUUCUCUGCCUUUUCUCCUCUUCCUUUCUCACUGGCGGCGAGGAGACUGAAAGGUGUUAAAGAUAAGAAUAGCCAGUGCGAGAGAAAUCGCCACUUGAUGGCUACAGGACGAGUGGCCUGUAAACCUGAUUCUUUUGUUUGCAUAGCUGUAAAAUGCGUUUCAAAUGCAUAUGGGUCCAAACUCUGAACUUCAAACCCAGCAGGGAACAAAGUGAGAGAGCGAGAGGAGGGCACGACAGGAUCUGGGUGGACAGACAGACGGGAUGUUUUCUCACCUCUCACAAUGAUUAAGCCGAUUUAGCUCCAGGAAUGUUUGAGAAAAAAAAAGGACACGAUAAGAACAAAAUCAAAAUGCGAAAAUGUAAUGCAUAAAUGUCCAGGUAGUUAACAAUUCAGAUGUUUAUCAGAACAUUCAUGUAAUGUUUCCUGUGAUAUCCAAUGAAAUAGUUUACAAAGUCAGAGCACAUUAUUUUCACCAGGUUGAUUUAAUGCAUGCAUUCUGGGAAAUUUCAGUCAAAUAUGUGUGUGUAUCACUAGAUUCAAGCAAUUAAAAACAGCACAGAUUUUCUGUCCGUUUCCGUGUCUAAAUGAACUAGGCUGCUUGAAUUGCUGUCAUUUUCAUCAUUGUCGAGCAUUUAGGCUGAUUUCCUGUGCUGUAGUUGUUUUUAAUCAUUAUUUUGUAAGAAAUCAAAUAGUGUCUGAUGAAAGAUUUAUGCAGCUCACGCAAGUGCUUCUGUAGACUUGGCCAAAGAGAACAUUUCCUGUGGCUCAGUGACAGUCAUUGUGGAUAGAAAAGAUAGAAUUAUAAGGCGACUUGGAGGGUUAGUUCACCCAAAAAUGAAAAGUCAGUUACUCUCAGCCUCGUGUCCUUUCAAAACUGUAUGACUGACUUUCUUCUGUGGGACAUAAAAAAAGAUUUUUUAUUUUUUUAUUUUUUUUAUUUUUUUUUGAGGAAUGUUUCAGUGUUUUUUCUUUUUGGUCCAUACAAUGGAAGUCAGUGGUCACCAAAACUGUUCAGUUGCCAACAUUCUUCAAAAUACCUUCUUUUAUGUUCCACAGAAGAAAUGACGUCAUACAGGUUUGUACGAGUAUACAAUGACAGAAUUUUCAUUUUUAGGUGAACUAUCCCUUUAAUGGACAAUACUAGUACUAGUUAAACACUGCAUGAGUCCAUUACAGGAGUCAUUUCGGGUUUCCAGCUUAAAGCUCAGAAGUGCUGUCGAAAGGUUACCAGGAUAACGCACAGGUCACGGAUUGUCUGCUUGUGGUUUGGCUCGUGAUCUUCUCUCUCGCUCAUGUUCUGUGCGGUUGUGCUUUGUGUGCAGGGUGGGGUUCCUCACAGUUGUUUUGUUGGGAGGCAUUUUAGCAGAGUUCCUGUUUUUUCUUGUUCACUGUUGUAGUUAAAGGGAUAGUUCACACAAAAAAUGAAAAUUUUGUCAUCACUUAGUCACCCUCAGGUUGUUCCAAAAAUGUACGAGUUUCUUUCUUCACAAAAGAAACCAGAGACUUGACGGAAGCCAUUGACUGUCAUACCUUUUUUUUUUUUCCCCCCUACUAUGGAAACAAUGGCUACCGUCAACUGUCAACAUUCUUCAAAAUAUCGUCUUUUGUGUUCAACGGAAGAAAGAAACUCAUACAGGUUUGGAACAACUUGAGGCUGAGUAAGUGAUGACAAAAUGUUCAUUUUUGGGUGAACUGUCCCUUUAAGGUAUUGUUUUGAGCUUUAAAAAAAAAAACAUGAACCCUGGGAUAUUUUAGCACUUUUAUACCAGCAUUGUGAAUCAGUUAGGGCCGUACAGGGCCUCCAUGUUUGAACUGAAAUAAGCUCACAGCCUGUGAUUACUAUCGUAGAUCAGUACUCAGGAAUGUAAAAGCAGCAAUCUCUUCUGGCAACGGCACAAGAAUCCAAACGUUUCUUGCUCAAACACAAAUUGAUAAUGUUUUAUCAAGCGCUUUGUAUAUCUCCUUAGGAUAUGUAUUGAAGUAGAGAAAUCUCUCGCCGUAGGGCCAAUAUUAAUAUACUUUUAUAUGGGUAGUGGCCUUAAGUUUGUCUUUCUAAUUAGAGCGGAAUAUCAGUCAGAUAUUAACAAUCCAUACGUACAACUUAUUAACACGGGGACAGUGAUGUAUGAUGGGAUACUGUGUUGUAUGAUGUCUGUCUCAGUGGAUGUUUCUGCACAUACUGUACACCAUGUAGUCUCCUGUGUUGUUACAUCUAUGGAACUCAACAGAAUAAAGUUGCACUCGCUCCAAA